AUGAUGAGCUCUGCAGGAAUCUACUGUUUAGUCGACAGUCAUCAAGCGAUGUUGGAUGCGGCGCGAAGAGGCCCGGAGAAGAUGGAGUGGGCCGCCGCAAAGGACGCCCUGGUCACGGGUUUUGACAUCCCGGCGACCACCAGCAGUUAUUGCGUAGCUUCCGGAAGGCGCAGCUCGGAGUUGACGUGGAUUUUCUAUAGCAUGCCUUGA